AGGUUCACUGCUCCCCUCGACGAUCCUCCACUCUAGGAAGCAAUCUAGCUAGCUAUCAAGGCGCCUAGCCAUGUCCAACCCGUACACCUUCCUCAGGCCUCAUAUAGAUCGUCCUUUCUUCCCCUUCCACAGAAGCCUAGUCUCUCCAUCCUCUCCCCCAAAACAAGCACUCCCUCUCCUAAGCCUUCUCCCUUCGAGCCAUGAUCACAGCAAGAUCCUUGGUUGUGGGUAUGCCGGUGAUGAUCAUCAUCAUCAACUUAAGAAGGAAGAUGAGGAUGUGAACAUCUCACUCCAAAUUGGGCCGCCGAAUCCGAACCCCGCGCCUAAUCUUUUGAGUACUGUGAGUGAUGGUGGUUGCGAUGAUGCAACAGGAACAACACAGGAUCAGUGUGUUGGUGGCGAUCACAGCAGGGCGGACGAGCAGGAGGAAGAGGAAGACGACGAUGAUGAUGCCGCCGGUGAUGGUCUUUGUUCGGAGUACUUUGCCGCUGGUAAGCUUACCAAGGGCAAGUAUUGGAUCCCUACCCCCGCUCAGAUCCUCAUUGGGCCCACUCACUUCGCCUGCCCGGUGUGCUGCAAGACCUUCAGCAGAUACAACAACCUGCAGAUGCACAUGUGGGGACACGGUUCGCAGUACCGCCGCGGGCCUGACUCCCUCCGCGGCACGCAGCCGGCGGCGAUGCUCCGGCUGCCGUGCUUCUGCUGCGCGCCGGGGUGCCGGAGCCACGUGGACCACCCGCGGGCGCGGCCGCUCAAGGACUUCCGGACGCUGCAGACGCACUACAAGCGCAGGCACUGUGCCAAGCCAUUCCUCUGCCGCAAGUGCGGCAAGGCGCUCGCCGUGCGCGGCGACUGGCGAACGCACGAGAAGAACUGCGGCCGCCGGUGGCACUGCACCUGCGGCUCUGACUUCAAGCACAAGCGCUCGCUCAAGGAUCACAUUCGGGCCUUCGGGCAGGACCACGUCGAGCGGCCGCCCGCCGCCAAAAUGUGACCGUCGAGAGCCACGGACGAUAAAUAUGCAUGGCCAAACGGCCUGCCAGUGAUUAUACGAUUGCUUGUGCAAUAUUAGGGGACCGAUUGAUUUGGGUAUCCAUGGUAUUCUCCUUCGCAUAAUAAGCAUUACUAUGUUACUAGCUGCUAGCUGAACUCAGUUUGAUUAUUACACUUUUUUUUUAACUAUUUUGUUCUUAUUCAAGUGCUAUGUGCGUAUUUUAGCGUGUUAAUCGUAGACUUGUAAGUUAUGGCAACUUAAUUUGUUCAGUAAUAUUCUUA